AUGGCUAAACCCGAAUGGAUAAAUCCAUUAUUGGUAGUUCAAUUAGAGUACUUAUUGGAAGAAUUGAUGGAUAAAUCAUGGAUGAGUACCGAUAGAAAGAAAAAACGUUACGAAGAAGGAUUCGCAGCGUUUUUGCGGUAUGCUGUCAACCAUCUCAAGGAGGAGGAUUGUUUAAAUCACCGUGCAUGCUUAGUUAGUGAUGUAGAAGGUCAUUUAUUCGUAAAUGGAAUCGAUCAAACGUAUACUACUUGGAAUAAGCAUGGGGAAAAGGAUGAGACAACUAAUAGUAGGCCGGUUAACAUCGACAAUGGUAUGCACGCUGAAUUUGAAAUGGGAUCUCCCGCUGAUGCUUCAGACGAAGAUUUUGGAAUGGGAACUCUCACUGAUGCUUCAGACACUAUAGAUAUGAUGCAGGCUGCAAAAGAGUUCGCAGAUGACCCUAUAAUGUUUAAAAAUUUACUUGAAGAUGCUGAAAAGCCCUUAUACGAAGGAUGUCCCAACUUCACAAAGUUGUCUACAAUUGUGCAGUUGUUCAAGUUGAAGAGUAAGCACGGUGCGUCGGACAUGUUUUUCAAUGAACUAUUACCGUUGAUAAAGGACAUGCUUCCCAAAGAAGGUAAUUUAAUGGCGAGGAGUACAUAUCAGGCCAAGAAAAUAUUGAAAGCAAUGGGUUCAGGGUAUACAAAGAUACAUGCAUGUACCAAUAAUUGCAUUCUUUAUAGGAAUGAGUAUAAUGAUGAAAAAGUGUGUCCUACUUGUAAAGCACCCAGAUGGAAAGUUGACAGGGAGGGUAAAGUAUACGAGAAUGUUCCAGCAAAGAGAAAGUUCAUCAUGUUGUCAUUACUUAUAGACGGUGCGCCAGGAAAAAACAUCAAUGUCCUUUUGGAACCCCUUGUUAAAGAUUUUCAAUUCUUAUUUGAGAACGGAAAGAGAACAUGGGAUGCAUAUGCCCAAGAAAUGUUUACUGCACGUGCAGUUGUCUUGUGGACGAUAAACGAUUAUCCUUCUCUUGGUAGAAUAUAUGAUUGUCCCUAUGCUGGAUAUCAUGGUUGUGUGGUGUGUCGUAAAAAAAAUCACAGUAUUAGGCUUCAUGACUCAAACAAGAAUGUUUAUGUUGGUUAUAGAAGAUUUUUACCAUAUGAUCAUCCAUUCAGAAAGAAGAAGAAAGCAUUUGGGAAAACAAGAGUGGGAGACUGCUCAAAACCAAUGACCGGGGAAGAAAUAUAUGAAGAGGUAAAAUCUAUAAAGAAUUCAUGGGGAAAGAAGGGGAAGCAUACUCAAGUGGAAGACGUGCAGGCUACACCUGGAAAAGGUGGAAAGAUGAAGCGCAUCAGAAAAAUAUCAAACGAAAUCGACAGGUCAGUGGAGGAAGAGGAAGGCAGGGAAACCACUUACUGGAGCAGAUUGGAUUUGGUGCGUUUGGGGUUAAAACCGGAGUUGCAACCUAAGUCAGAUGUCAAAGGAACGAUACUUCCAGCAGCAUGUUAUACAUUAACCGCGGAUGAAAAGGACAUAUUCUUGGAGACACUAUCUGAGUUAAGAGUUCCAGAAGGUUAUUGUUAG